UGUUGAAUUUUUUUUUCUUUUAUAGUUAUCAGCUGGUAAAAAAAUUUUAUCUUUAAUCAUAUGACGUAUACUGUUAGGGCGACUUCAACAUUCUUUAGCAAUGGAAAUGGAUACUUCUUCUUUUUUUGGUGUUUAUUUAUUCUCUAUUGUAUAGGCUAUCAACUAAAUAGAUUACGUGUAUAUUAUAUCAGGAAAAGAAGAAUCUCUAGUAAAGGUGAUAAUAGAGUAGUCACUGAUUUACCUGGAGCAAAACUUUUGCGUCGAUUCAAUUAUGUUAUUCGUAUCCCAUUUGUGACAGAAAUGAUUCCUAUUAAACAUGUCAUAGGUGUUAUCUUGUUUUGUAUCGUUAAUGUCAUUUUUAUUAUUUUUUGUCCAUUUCAAGUAAAUACGCAUGAAUCCUUUACGGUGCCUCCUACAGUCUUCAUCAACCAUACAGGUGCUUUUAUCGGUAUGGCCAACUGGGGAUUUGCCUUCUUUCUUGCUCAAAGGAAUUCAAUUUUACCAAAGUUAUCUGGUUUAACCUUUGAAGAACUUAUACCCUUUCAUCGUAUCGUUUCACGUAUUGGCUUUAUAGAAUUUAUACCUCAUUUUGUCUAUCGUAUUAUGGGAGGUUAUCGCAUAAGACAUGUCGCUAAAGAUGCUUUGUUUUAUGAUCUUGAACAAACUUCGGGCACAAUCUCUAUGCUUGGCUUUAUUAUCAUGGUCGUAAUCUCAUUAGAAUACAUUCGUCGAAAUUAUUUUGAAGUCUUUUAUUAUUGCCAUGUUAUCUUUAUGAUUGUCGGUGUUGUCUUUGGUUGUAUACAUGAACACACUUGCUUUGCUUUCUUUAUUCCUGCCAUCGUGCUCUGGUUUGCUGAUCGUGUCAUUCGUACUUACAAAUCAUGGGUAAGAAAGUCAAGAGUGGUCAGUAUUGAUUCAGUUAUGCUUGAAUCAGACAAGAAAGAGAAAGGUAUCGUCCGUAUCUUGUUUGAAAACAAAUAUCUUCGAUCCUUUAAACCUGGUCAAUAUGUCUUUUCUUCUAUGAUCCUUAACGGACGCAAGAUUUGGGAAUAUGCUAAUUGGCAUCCUUUCACUAUCUCUGAAGUCUUUCGCGUUAGUGACUCUCCCGAUAAUGAAAUUGAAGAACGCGUAAUGGGUGUAGCAACUGAAAAAUCAGAAAAAAUAUCACAAGAUGAUACCGAAAAGAAGAAAAAUUAUCAAAUGAGUUAUUCCAAGAAUCUUUACUCUUCUUCACUUAAAGACCACACUUUAAUUAACACGCAAGAACUCCGUCAUCGUACUAAACUCGUCCCCACUUACUCUAGUUAUGAUGAUGAUCAAAAUAUAAAGACAUUUGCCACCUUUCAUAUUAAGACCCUAGGUACAAAAACACGUGAUUUAUUAACAACUGCUACUUCUAAAAACCAAAAUAUUGAUGUCUAUAUUGAUGGCCCCUUUGGUCCUCAUCAUGAAUAUCAAGAUUUCCCAGUACUUACUUUGUAUGCUACUGGUAUUGGUAUCACUCCAGCAUUGGCCAUUAUCAAAGACAUGAUCGAUAGACGAUCCCGGGGUAUUCGUACUGUAGUAACUGAAUCUAUUUAUUUGACAUGGGCUAUUCCUGAUAUCAACGAGAUUGAACCAUUCAUGGAAAUAUUUACCUUUUGGGCAAAGGAAUGUGCAUCUGCUAUUCACCCUAUUUCCUUAUCCGUAUCUAUUUACGUUACAAGGAUGAAAGAGGGCCCUAACAUUGUCAAUCAUCUUCAUGGGUUCCAACUUAUCUAUGGUCAAAGACCUCAAAUCAGUGCAGAUAUGGAUAAAAUUGCCGCAUUGCAUUCAAAUCAUAGAGUUUGGGCUCAUGUAUGUGGCUCUCCUGCUUUCACUCGUACUGUUAUCAAUGAGGCUAUCCUUCAUGACUUUGAAGCACAUAAUGAAACAUUUGAAUUUUAAAAAAAAAAGAAGAAAAAAAAA